UCCCACGCACAAGCAACUCUUGAGAGACUACCUCCCCGGCCAAAAAUACUAUAUUUUGCAUUGACUAAUUUAUCCUUUUACCACCUCCCUUAAUCACGUACAGUAGCGCGCCAUUGCCCACUUGCACGUGGUCGUCACAUGGCUUUCGAGGUUUUCUCGUCCGCGCCAAUGAGCGUGCUAGCAGUGGAAGUGAUCCGUUUAAAAGAAGGCAGCAAGGUGAUUACAGCGGUAACCAACCAAUCUUAGCCGGUGGCGUCGCGUCUGGAGCACCGGCGGGCGUUGGCGCGGGCGCCCCGUGGAGACGGUGGCGUCCUGGCGAGGAGCAUGCCUGGCUCGACGCGACGUCUCCCUCGCGCUCCCCGCUUUCCCAUCCCUUCACACCACCACGGCCCCCGUCGGCCGUCGCCGUCACCUCCACGAGCCCACUUCACCACCUGCCCGCUCCGCACCUCGUCGUGACACGUAAGCUGCACCCGGCGGUCUCGCCAUCACCGCACGACACCGUCCGGUCAUACCGUGCUCCGUGCGUACGACAGCUGCAGCCCUCGCGUCUUCUCGCAGCCAAAAACAUUUGUGCUCCAGACACGGGCCCCUCGACGCGACGAGGAUUCCCAUUCCCAUCCAUCCUCCUCGUCCCAGACAGCCAGGUAAAUGUAAAGCCCCGCACCCACCGAUCGGUCAAUUCCCCCAACCGCAGGCGCAGCCCCACGCGGCCACGGCCACGCCGUCAGCGUCACUGCUGCCGCACCGGACGUUGGCGUCGGAUCCCAAGCAAAGCAAAGCAAAAACUACGCGCUGGCUCGCACCGUCAGGGCGGGGGCGGGCGGGCGGGCUGCGGAAGGCGGGCGCUUUAUUAGCGGAGCAAGGAAUUGAAUGGGCACGGCCGGUUUCUCGCCACGGGAUUCCUUGUUUUUUCUCCACCUCCUCCUGCAAGGUGGUGGACUCGUCCCAUCCCUCUACCUGUCAUUCGCUCUCGCACCGGGCCUGCCUGCUCCCGUGCGGCGUCUCUGCUGCUCUUGCGUGCUCUGGGCGUCCUCGGCGGCAUGGACCCCGCGAGGUGCGACCCUCGCCGGGGGUACGCCUACGGCUGCGGCGUCGGGUCGGCCGCGCAGGGGCCGCCGGCGAGGCGGCAGCCGCGGCAGGACGCGGCGGCCGUGGCGAGCGGCGGGGUGCUGAAGAGGAGCCUGGCCGAGGUGGAGCGGUGGCAGCAGGCGCUGUACCUGCGCGCGGUGAGGCAGCGCGUCGCGGCGCAGGCCGCGCACCCGCCGAUCGACGUCGGGGCCGUGCUGGCGAGGGCCGCCUCGCGGGGCUCGGGUUUCUCCGGGCCGCCGUCGGGGGGCUUUGCCGGGCUCUCGCCGCAGCCGUCGUCGACGCUCUCGUCGCUCACCACCGCGUCACGCAUGGUUACGCCGCCGCCGCCGAUGCAGCAACUGUUGCAGCGGCAGGUGGUGCCCGCGCCGCCCGCGCCCCUGCAGGCUGCUCAGGCGGUGUCUGGGGGACCGGCUGCGAGGCCCGCGACGGCGAGGGAGAUGGUGUUGCUGCAGGAGCUGGAGAAGCAGCUGCUGGGCGACGACGACGCCGGCGAGACGGAGGCGGAGGGGAGCGCGUGCGGCUCCACGGUCACCAGCUCCGCGUGGGGAAGCACGAUGAAGGAGCUCAAUUCCAUCACCGCAGCACCGCUGCCGUCUCUUCCCAUGGCGAGCGCGACGAGCAACUACAACUCCCUGCCCGUAUCAAGGUCGCCGGCGAACUCUGCCUCUUCGUCCACGGCUUCGUCCACAGCGUCCAGCUCGCCGCCGACCUCGGCGGCCUCGUCGCGGCAGCUGCUGUCCGAGGCCGCCGCUGCCAUCGCCGACGGCGACCGCGCCGCGGCCGCUGCUCACCUCGCGGUCCUGAAGGUUGCCGCAAACCCACGCGGCGACGCGGAGCAGAGGCUGGUGGCCAUGAUGGCUGCCGCCCUGUCCUCCCGCAUCGACCCACCCUCGUCUCAACAGCUCGCGGACCUUUGCGGCGCUGAGCAGCGCGCGGCGUGCCAGCUCCUGCACGACGUCUCCCCCUGCUUCGGCCUCGCCCUCCACGGCGCCAACCUCGCCAUCCUCGAUGCCGUGGCCGGCCAGCGCGUCAUCCACCUGAUCGACUUCGACGUCAGCCUCGCGCAGCACAUCGCCCUCAUCCACGCCCUCGCCAGCCACCGCGUGGCGGGCACCUGUCUCAAGGUCACGGCCGUCGCGGACCCAACGUCGCCGUUCACGCCGGCUCUGGCACAGGCGCUCGCGGCCACCGGCCAGCGGCUCACGAGGCACGCCCAGCAAGCCGGGCUGGAGUUCCGGUUCAACGCGGUUAGCUGCCGUCCAGGCGAGGUCGACGCGUCGAGGCUCGGGUGCGAGCCCGGGGAGGCGGUGGCCGUGAACCUCGCGUUCGCGCUCGCGCGCGUCCCCGACGAGAGCGUGUCCCCGGCGAACCCGCGCGACGAGCUCCUCCGGCGCGUGCGCGCGCUGGGCCCGCGCGUGGUGGCGCUGGCGGAGCAGGAGCUGAACACGAACACGGCGCCGCUAGCGGCGCGGUUCGCCGACGCGUGCGCGCACUACGGCGCGGUGCUGGAGUCCCUCGACGCGACCCUGGCCUGCAACAGCGCGCAGAGGGCCCGCGCGGAGGCGGCUCUGGCCGGCAAGGCGGCCAACGCCGUGGCGCGGGAGGGGCCUGACCGGCUGGAGCGGUGCGAGGUGUUCGGCAAGUGGCGCGCCCGGUUCGGUAUGGCGGGGCUGCGACCGCUAGCGAUCGGGCAGGGCGUCGCCGACCGCGUCAAGGCGCGGCUCGGCCACGCCAGCCCGGGGUUCGACGUGAAGCUGGAGAGCGGCCGGCUCGGGGUCGGGUGGAUGGGGCGCGUGGUCACUGUCGCCUCCGCCUGGCGUUAGCCUUUGCCUGCCUGGUAGCCGUUCAAACGUACGAAGAGAUCCAAAUUAUGCCGCUCACGAGUUUGCACAGCGGGUGGAGCCAACUAAGCAUGCGAAUUUACGGUAUUUUUCAGUUUGCGUUGAGCAAAUUAUCGCUCUAGAAUGUAAAUUUUGUUCUGAGUAAUAUAUAAAUAACUCUCUUUUAUUUGCCACAAAAUAA